UUUCAUUCAUAUUCCUACAAACACCAACCUAUAUCUAUUUGAAAAGGCCAAAUAUUCAAUUAGGUCAACAUUUCCUUGAGCUUAAUUAUAAUGGCUGCUUCUGCUUCUUCUUCUUUGUCUUCAUCUUCUAAGAAGGAUUCAGUGUACCGCGGAAUCCGGUGCCGAGGAGGGAAAUGGGUAUCCGAGAUCCGAGAGCCGAGAAAGACGACCCGAAUAUGGCUCGGCACCUUUCUGAAGCCGGAGAUGGCUGCGGCAGCCUAUGACGUGGCAGCACUGGCACUCAAGGGUGCAGAAGCACCCUUGAACUUCCCUGCCAUGGUAGGGAAGUAUCCAAUGCCAGCGUCUAGUUCCGCAGCUGACAUCCGCAGCGCUGCCACCGCCGCGGCGCAGCUGAUUAUGGCUGAACUUGCAUCACCAACCAACAAUAAUGCAGUUCAGCCUAAUAUUGAUAAUGAAAACAAUAAUAAUAAUAAUAAUAAUAAUAAUAAUAAUAAUGAUAAUGACAACAAUAACACUAAUAAUGAUAGUGCUGCUCCUUUGUAUGAUGAUGGACCGGUUGAGUUUUUGGACGAAGAAGCAAUUUUCUCCUUGCCGAGUUUGCUGGUCGAUAUGGCAGAGGGAAUGCUGCUUUCUCCACCCAGAAUGAGUCCGUCGUCGCCCGACUCGCCGGAAAAUUAUUCCGGCGGAGGAGACAGUUUGUGGAACUACUAAUAAAUCUUAUUAUUAUUAAUCCCUUUUAUCUUCUAUAUAUUGAAAGUCUUUUUUUUUUUUUUC